AUGGCGGCAUCGCCUCCGGCCCCGGCCCCGGUCCCGGCUCCUCCGCCGGCGCCCGCGGCCGGCCCGCCGACCACGUUCGCCUCGUUGCCGGCAGCGGCGGCGUUCCGCGUGCCGCUGGCCGCGUACUUGGCGGCGCGGCCCGAGUUCGGGGGCGUCGCGGUGGGCGCGUUCGUGUUCGACGGGGGCGGGCGGCUGCUGCUGGUGCAGCGCGCGGCGCACGACUCGAUGCCGCUGCGGUGGGAGGUGCCGGGGGGCGCGUGCGACGCCGACGACGCGACGGUGUUGCACGCGGUGGCGCGCGAGCUAUGGGAGGAGAGCGGGCUGCGUGCCACGGUCGUCGGCGCGCUCGUGCCGGGCGGCGGCGGCGACCGGCUCCGGAACGGGGCGGCGGAGACGACGCCGGGCGUCGGCCACGUCUUCUUCACGCGCCGCGGCCUCCGCAUGUGCAAGUACUCGUUCCUGACCGAGGUCGACGGCUACGACGUGCGGCUCGACCCCAACGAGCACCAGGCCUUCCUAUGGGUGACCGAGGAGGAGGCGCGCGCCCGCCGCUGCGGCGACGUCGCCUUCGAGUACACGUUCCGCGAGCAGAUGCUCGAGGUCUACGAGGCCUUCCGCCUGAACCGGGAGAAGCGGGAGAGGGAGGCGAAGCAGGUUCCAGCAUAG